UUAUAUUUAGUUAUACUCUUACUGUCUUACAGUGGUGACAUGUGUUUAGUGUUAAAGACCAUUAUUUUAACCUUGAUAUUACUUGUUAUAUAACAAAAGAUUCUAUAAACUUUUGUCGCGAUGUAGUUAUGUCAGUGUUAAAACUAAAGUAUGAAACGUUCAAGAAAGUGUGAUAACAGAUUGACUAAAAUAAAACACAAAUUGAUAAAGAAAUAUAAAAAUGAGCACCGGUCGGCGGGAGGCAGCUGGGAGGAGCCAGUGCACGCGGUGAGAAACACACCGCUUCGGCGCUCCCAGCGGCUAAACUCAACACUGGACUCCAGGAGUAGUGGUCAAUUGCGGAACACACUGAGCCGGGCGCGCGAGUUGUGCGAGCGAUGGCGAAGCGGCGGCAACACGCCGUCUCCCCCCGCGCCGCCGCCCGACGACGAGGGCGGGGGGCGGCUCGCGCGCUGGUUCAGCGUUCGCCGCGGAUCCACGCACCAGUACGACAUGCACACACACGAGACUGACAAAAUGCCCAAACUUCCUGAGUUGGAAGAGGACAUGUUUUCCUGCGGCGGUGAAGUACGAGGCGGUAGAGUCCCUCAACCGUCUCUGGCCCCACCGCCGGACAACCUCACACCCGUCCAAUUACGUCGUCGACACGUAGUCGCAGCUAUCAUACACAGCGAAAAUUCCUACGUGUCGACGCUCCAAAGACUUAUCAACGACUACAAGAAACCCCUCGAAGAGAGUAGUCCAGCUAUUCUAAACGCGAGCAAGAUUCAAACACUAUUCCACCGACUACCCGACAUACUACAAUGUCACCUGCACUUCCGCACCGCACUCGUGGACUGCGCUCGAACGUGGGACCGCGACGAAAAGAUUGGCGAGGUCUUCUUAAGCGCAUUCUCAAAAGCUGUGGUGUUGGAUGUGUACUCGGACUUCAUAAACAACUUCUCGGUCGCGAUGGAGCUGGCCAAGAUGGAGUCGAAGAGGAAAUCGGCGCUGGCUGACUUCUUUAAAGUCAAACAGAUCAGCGCUCACGACAGGCUCUCUUUCUUCGGUCUCAUGGUGAAACCGGUGCAGCGGUUUCCACAAUUUAUUAUGUUUUUACAGGAUCUCUUAAAACAUACGCCUCACGGUCACUCUGACCGCGUGGCGUUACAACGUGCGCUCACCAGGUUGGAAGCGUUAGCGGAAGCUUUAAAUGAGAGAAAACGGGACGCUGAACGGACCCAGGCGUUCCGCGCGGCGCUGCGGCGACUGACGCGCGGCGGCGUGGCGGGCGCGGGCGGAGGAGGCGGUGCGGCGCGCUUCGGGGCCGCGCGCCUGCUGGCCUCGCGCGCCGACCGCCGCCACCUGCUGCGCCAGGACGACCUGCUGCAGCUCGAAUUUAAUCAAUCAGGAACACUGACGAAGUGCAAGCCACGUCGCCUGCUCCUAUUAAAUGAUCUCGUAGUUUGCGUAUCUGUCGGUACUGGCGGAGACGACACAGAGCGCCUGGGGUUGAAAUGGGCAUAUCCAGUUCAAGAUGUCGAGGUGCUAGACACGGGGACCUCCCCUACGCUUAGCAGGGUGCUUGCUCAAGGCAUGAACCGCAGCGGCAGCCUGCGCUCCAGCUCGAGCGGCGGUAGCACGUCGACGGGCGACUCGCUGUGCAACGAGAUGUCGGCGCUCAUGCACGACUACGAGACCGUGUCGCGCAUGGCCGACCUCGCGGCCUCGCUGCGCGCGCCCUACCCCGAGCUGGCGCCCGAAACCUUCCGCGCACUGCUGCAGAGCAUCCAGCGGAGCAUACAGAAGAAGGACGACGAGAUGGCGUGGGUGGACUCGUGCUGCCUGCAGCUGACGAUCCGCGGCCGCGAGGAGGCGGUCACGUUCCGCGCCACGGAGCCGGGCGCGCGGCGCGCCUGGGCCACGGAGCUGCGGCUGGCGCAGCUGGCGCAGGCGCGCGCCAACUGCCCCGCCUGGCGCGCGCCGCAGCCCCACCCGCCGCACAAGAUGCCGCUCUUCGUCGCCGCCUCGCCCGUCUACUGCUCGCCGCAACUCACCGAGGUGCGGUGCGGCUGCUUCUACACGUCCGCGGGCAGCCCGCGCGGCGCCACGGCGCGGCGCGCGCGCUCGCUGCUGUGGCUGUGCGCGGCGGCGGGCGCCGGCAGCCACGUGGCCGUGCUCACGCACCGCGCCGCCAAGCUCAAGACGCUCGUCACGCUCGACCUGCCCGACACAAAGGUAACGUCGAUGGAGUACGCGAAAGGAGUUCGACAAGUGAACACGCUGUGCGGCGACACAGUGUGGCUCGGCACUGAGGACAAGAAGAUCAUCAUUUUCUCUGGCGUAGAACCGGAAAAGCAAGAAAAGUUGACGGAAGUGACCACAGUCGCGCCCGUCACUCAAAUUCGUUAUCACUGUGAUUCUAUGUUCGUGGGACUUUCGAACGGAAGAGUAUCGGUGUUUAGAAGAAAUCAUGACGACACGUGGGCUCUUCAAGAGCCGCUCGCGAUUGAAUUAGGUGACAAACCGGUACACUGUAUAUUACCGGUAGACGGUAUCGUUUAUGCGACGUGUGCGCGCAGAGUGUUCGCUAUUAACGCACUCACUGCGGAAAUAAUGCGUAUUCUUGAAUUGAAAGGAGAGGGCGAUCGUUCAGUUAAAUAUCUAGCUCAUUCUGGAGUCGGACUCUGGUCCGCGUUCUCAGAUUCCACGUAUGUGAGCUUAUACCACGCUGAGACAUUCGAACAUUUGCAGAAUAUCGACAUCGCCGCGGACGUGGCGAAAACUAUUGGUGCUAGAGAAGGCAGCAAACCGGCCUACGUAUCGGCUUUACUUGCAGGACAAGGGCUUCUAUGGGUCGGAACUACUGCCGGUGUGAGUGUCACAGUUCCUUUACCGAAAUUAGAGGGCCUCCCUCUCAUCGGUGGACACACUGCCGUGUCGUAUCACGCUCACGCGGGUCCGGUUACAUUCCUUUUGUCGCUUACUCCAGAAACACGCGAGGUCGACGUCAACGUCGUUCGACGGAAUCUGUCGAACGCCCGCGCUCUUGCUGAAACCGUACAGGAAUUCAAAGAGGAAGAAAGUAAAGAAGAAAACGAGAAACACAAGCUCGAAAGGCGGAUAUCAGAGGAAUUGAGUCCGUAUCGUCCACAACGCGUACAAUCCGCAGUCAUUCGAAGGAAAAAGCCGGGUGACGUUCGUCUGAGCAAGACGUUACCAAAGUGUGCGAACUUAAACGCUUGCGACGUCUAUGGACUAUUCGGAGAUCUCAUGUUCGUCAAAGAUUGCGUAGGCGAGGCCGACGUCAGCGGCUCUGGCGGCGAAUCACUUAGACGUAGCGACCCCGAGCUGGCCGCUAUUCCCUACCGCGUUAGCACGCUAGACCGACGGUUACGAAUGAGAGCGGGUCGCCCUCGGAGCUUGGAUCUGUCCAACUGGUCGGUGGACUCGCGGGCCUCGAGCCUGUGCACAUCCUCCGGAAGCGAGGAGUCCAUGGCGCUGAGGGGAGUGUCACGGACUAGCUCGGGCGCGUCCGGCGCCGCCGGCCUAGCGCCAGUGGCCGCCUCCACUCCGGACUCCUCUUCGAGCAAGUCGAGCGCCUCCGACCGGUCCGUCUCCCGCAGCGACUCAGCAAACACUGCGCCAGAGCUACGUGCCAAUAAAAGCGCAGCCAGGAGUCUCCGUGGUGCCGAUUACAUAGUGGGGGACAGCUCGGCGCGCCGGUCGGUGGUGACGGUGAUGGGCGGCCGCGGGUACGUGGACUGGCGGCAGACGGCCGACGCGGCGGAGCGGCCCGCGCCCGCCGCCGACCCCAACCCCAAAGACGCGCAUCUCAUUUUGUGGGAAAUGCGUUUGUAAAUACACAUGCAUUCAUAGAACAAGUGUACUGAAUAUAUAUAUAGUUCGCUUCAUGUUGGCGCGCUGCGCUGUGUACUUCUUGUAAAUAUAACUGAUCUGUAACUGACUGGAUGUUCUACCGACGGACACGUAUUCUCUUAUCACUUUGUUAUGCGAGUAGAGUUUAAAAAAUAACUUGACGUAUUUAUGCAGAGAUUUAUGUAUAAUCAUAAUUUAAAAAACAGAAAAAUUGACAUAUUCAAUAAGAAUUUUUGCAUAUAAAGUGCACCCACUAAUAAAACAGAUAGUACCGCGCCAAGAUGAUUUGAAGUAUCUGAACCGAAAUCUUCAAGGUGAUAUAACAAAUAAUGUAAAUACCCAGAGCAUCUGUAAUUAUGUAGAUGUCUCUUAAACAGUUCAUAAAUGCGAUUUAUUAUAUAAAGAUCAGCUUAUUGAAAGUUGUUGAUUCCUUCUAAGCUUUAUUUAUUUAUCAAUCUGUUCCUGAAUUGGUGUAAUUUGCAAAAUGAAAAAUAAUAUGCGAUAAAUAAAA